AUGCAACUGCCGCCGCACAGCCGGAAGAUUCUCAUCGGCCUCUUGGCUGUGGCCAUCGUCACCAUCAUCCUCGGCCUUGGAAUCGGUCUCGGAGUGGACCUGCAGAGAUGUCGUGACAAAGUGGAACCUCAGACCUCCUGCGCCAACAGAUGCAACCAACCAUUCAACGGCAACAGCGGCGACUGCAGAUGUGAUGAGAACUGCAAGUCAAUCGGCAACUGUUGCUUCGACUACCAAGACAUCUGCGUGCUCCCGGCCGAGCAGUGGGGGUGCACCAGGCUGCGCUGCGGAGAGACGCGCCUGACAAAGAGCAAGUGUCACUGCUCCAAUGACUGUCGCUCACAAGGAGACUGCUGCACCAACUACCUCAGCGUGUGCCACGGAGAGCCAGAGUGGGUGGAUGGCGAGUGUGACGACUUGACGGAACAGAAGUGUCCAGCAGGCUUCGAGCGGCAGCCGUUGCUACUGGUCUCGCUGGAUGGGCUCCGAGCCGAGUACCUGCAGACCUGGAACGUCCUCAGCCCGGUUCUGGACAAACUCAAGAAAUGUGGAACCUCCACUCCGUAUAUGCAGUCGGCUUUUCCCACAAAGACCUUCCCAAACCACUACACCAUCGUCACGGGUCUUUAUCCAGAGUCCAACGGUUUGAUUGACAACAGCAUGUACGAUCCAGUCCUGGACGCCUCCUUCAGUCUCGGCAGUGACGAAAAAAACAACCCGGCCUGGUACCUGGGCCAACCUGUCUGGCACACUGCGAAGUAUCAGGGACUGAAGGCCGGGACUUUCUUCUGGCCCGGAUCAGAUGUCAAGAUCAACGGCAGCUUCCCCAACAUCUACCAAGAAUAUAAUGGGAGCGUUGAGUUUGAGGAGCGAGUCUUCACGGUGCUGAAAUGGCUCCAGCUGCCGGAGGAUCAGAGGCCUGACUUCUACACGCUGUAUAUCGAGGAGCCGGACAAGUCGGGCCACAGCUUCGGUCCGGUCAGUGGAGGGGUGGUGCAAGCGAUUCUGGGGGUGGACAGAAUCAUCCGUCAGCUCAUGAACGGACUCAAGCUGAUAGGACUCCAUCGCUGCGUCAACAUCAUAAUCGUGGCUGACCAUGGGAUGGAGGAGACCAGCUGCGAGAGGACGGAAGAUCUGCAAAGCCUGAUCGGGGACGUUAGCAAAUUUUGGGUCACACAGGGUCCAUUUGGACGGAUCAGGACGAAAAACAAAGAUGACAUCGUUGACUGGCCGGAGCUAGUUGGAAAGAUGGCGUGCAAAGCUCCAGACCAGAAGAUCCGACCGUACCUGAAGUCCCACCUGCCGAAGCGCCUGCACUUUGCCAACAGUCGCCGCAUCGAGGAGGUCAGCGUCCUGGUGACCCCCCGGUGGCAGUUUGAGAGCUUUCCCGGUUCACUGACCUUCUGUGAAGGUGGCGCUCAUGGCUACGACAAUGAUGCCGACAGCAUGAAUGCUAUCUUCCUGGGCUACGGACCAAAGUUCUGGAACCAAACAGAAGUCGAGCCGUUCUCCAACAUCGAGCUCUACAACCUCAUGUGCGAUCUCCUUCAAAUUUCUCCUGCUGACAACAAUGGGACCCACGGCAGCAUGAACCACCUGCUGAGGAUGCCCUUCUUCACCCCGGCGCCCCCCGCAGAGCAGAGUGCGCCACUGCAGUGUCCACUACAGGACCUGAAUCCCCCUGAGAACCUGGGGUGUUCCUGCCCAGCUCUUGAAGACAACACCAUCAACGAGCGACUGAAUCUCACCCAGGCAGAAGUGUCCGCUGCUGAGGCCACGCACUUGACCUUGGGUCGACCUCGACUGCUGCAGGCCAACCAUGACUACUGCGUUCUUCACCACCAGGGCUUCGUCAGCGCCUUCAGCCACAGAAACAAAAUGCCUCUGUGGACCUCCUACAGCGUGGACCAGGAGAUGAGCUUGGAUCGGUUGCCUCCAGUGAUGGCGAACUGCCUGAGGCCUGACGUCAGACUUCCACAGCCACAGAGUCCCAGAUGCGACGAGUACGACGGGGCACGUAACCUGACUUACGGCUUCCUCUUUCCGCCCAACCUCAACUCCUCUGCCGAGCAGCAGUACGACGCCCUUCUGACCAGUAACCUCAUCCCCAUUUACCCGCAGUUCAAGAAGAUUUGGGACCACUUCCACAACUCCCUGCUCCCAAAAUACGCUUCAGUGUUCAAGAACCUCAACGUUCUGACCGGUCCGGCUUUCGACUACAACUACGACGGACGAGCCGACUCUCCUGAGCAGAUCCAACAGUUCGUCUUUGGAACCAAAAUCCCAGUCCCAACUCAUUUUUUCAUCGUCCUGACAAGCUGCGAGGAGCCGCUCGCCAAGUGUUCGGACCUUCAGUCGCUGUCCUUCCUGCUGCCACACCGCGACGACAACUCAGAGAUUUGUAACAACAUGGAUCCUGAGUCCACCUGGGUGGAAGAUCACAUGUGGUUUCACCAGUGCCGGGUCCGAGACGUGGAGUGGAUCACUGGUCUAGACCUUUACCAGGCCGGCAGUCAAGUCCUCAGCGAGCGCCUGCGGAUGAAGACCCGGCCCACAGUCGCCUUUGGACCGAAACCCUGAAGACAUUCUCCACCUAGUGUUGAUUUUUAAACUUUGAUCAGUGGAAUUAUUUAUUUUGAUGUUUUAGAGUCGGAGUAUUUUUUCAGAGGACAAUGAUAUCUCUACCUCGCUCAUGUCUUUCGAUCUCCUAGAAAAUCAGAUGCAAAAAGUUUGUGGUUUUUCCCAAUGAAAUAUAUUUAUAUCGUCGUUGUCUCAGAAAUCUCUGCCAUUAUUACAUGGUUAUUAUACGGUCAAUUGCUCAACAGAUAUGAGAUUAAUUUCACUCCUAUAAUGGACCUCCUCCCUCUUCUUUGGAUGAUGCAAAUCCUUUGAAUUGGAACAGAACAACUUGGGACUCUCAAAAAACAAACACCUUUUCCUCGUGUGCUUCUUCUUUCUCCGACCUGCUACUUCAAGUAGCGAGA